GCACAGAACCCAAAGGAACUCCAGCACCAUUGGAUAUACCCAGCCAAGCUCAACUGCAAACUCCCAUCCAUAUACAUAUAACCGAUAAGCAUGAACGGCAUCAGCUCCAUCGUUGUGAUCUUCCUGAUCUUUGGCUUAAGCCAGAACCAGGCAGCACCCAUCGCUGGAAGUGCACAGGAUCCAGGAUUCGUUUCGGCCACGGAUAUUACGGGUGAACCAGUGCGCCAAAAGCGCGCCAGUGCGGAUUACUACCAGGGCGACUACUUCAUCUGCUAUCCCAAGAGCGCCGUCUACGGCAAACAAGGAUACGGCGGCGCCAAUCGCAGGUCCUACGACUCGGAGGACUAUGCCCCCCACUAUCUGGCCAACGAUCCUUUGGCCGUUCGCCAGGCUCGUGCUGAUGCCAGACGCGCCGCCUACACCGACAGCUUCGGCAAAUAGAUACGUAUCUGCCAGAUUCAGUAACUUAUUCUAUAGAUACCAAAAUGUCCCGCACCCAACGUUGGGAAACUGAACAGGUCUAGCUUGUAAGGAUGUACAAAUACCAUUACUACUAUUUAUUCAACGCAAAUAUAUUUAUCAUUUAAAGAAAA